UGCAUGAAAGCCUAUGUAGAAUUUGAGAUCUCGGAAGGUGCCUAUGAGAUUUCAUGUCCUGAUGCCCAAUGCCCGGAACAAGGCGCUAUGACAUUGCCCGAAAUAGCAAGUCUAACAACAAACAAUUUAAUGAAAAAACAUCACAGAUAUCGAUUAAAUAGAGAAAUCGAGUUGGAUAAAACACGUACCUGGUGUCCUCGUGCUGGUUGCGAAACUGUUUGUCUUAUUGGUUCAUCAACUUCUCAAUCUGAUGCUGCUCCCUCAACAUCGGCAUCCUCGACCACGUCGGCGACUGCGACAUCAGCCAUAAAUCCAACAACAACAAUAACAACAACUCCCAACGGUACAAAUGCCGUGACAACACUGUGUGCCGUACAAUGUCCAUCCUGUAAGGAUGAAUUUUGUUCGGCAUGUAAAAAGACGUGGCAUCCAAAUAUUACUUGCGAAGAGCAUAGCCGUCGUUUGGCAGCAGAUGGUCAAGAUGAUAUUGGUAUACCCUUCGAUAACGACCUCAUCAAAUGUUGCCCCAUGUGUGCGGUACCCAUUGAAAAGGAUGAGGGCUGUGCACAAAUGAUGUGUAAACGUUGCAAGCACGUUUUUUGCUGGUAUUGUCUGGCCAGUUUGGAUGAUGACUUUUUGCUGCGUCAUUAUGAUAAGGGACCAUGUAAAAAUAAACUUGGACAUUCCCGUGCUUCGGUGGUAUGGCAUCGAGCUCAAGUGAUAGGCAUUUUUGCUGGUUUUGGUAUUUUAUUAUUGGUGGCUUCGCCUUUACUUCUGCUAGCAGCUCCCUGUAUUAUAUGCUGUAAAUGCCGCAGUUGCAGUGGUUCAAAAAUUGAUGAAGUCGAUGGUGAACUGGAUGAAGCCACUGCAUUGCAAAGCCUCAACUAAUUACGACUGCAGUUAAAAUAUAAAAUUUUUUCUAAUACAUUAUAAGUAUUUAAAUAUUUGUGUACGUAACUAAAGAAAAAACACGUAUUUUCGUUACAUUAAAUUUGCAAAUAAAUAUUGUAUGUAAAUAUAUAUUUAGAUAAAAUAUGUAACUUAUAAAAUAAGAACAAUAAUAUUGAAUUUUAUGUAAAAAAAAAAAGAAUAACUAAAACAACUGAACAAAUUAAUUAGAAAUUUACUAUAUGUACAUACAUUGUGUGCGUUUAAAUCUUCUAAUAUUAUAAUAUUUAAUGAUUUAUUGUAAACAUAUAACUUUAAUGAACUUUAAAAAAAAAAACUAUAUACAAUUUAUAUUUCUGCUAAUAAAUCUAUCAGUCUGUAUAUUAUUAUUAUUAAUAUAAAUUAGUUAGUUAUCAUACAGUUAUUUAGUUAGUCUGUUAGUUAUUAAAAAAAACCUUAAGC